UUUUACAUUGCUGUUUUCCGCCACAAACAAUUGGAUGUCUUGUUAUUGUUUUAUUAUUGGAAAAAAUUGUAUUUGAUUAAAUAUUGUUAAUUGUACGAACAAUGGAUGACCAAAGUGAAAAUUCCUUGGACAGGCAAAUCGACGAUAAUGACGGUAGCAAGCCUGAAAAAAUGUUUACUCUAAAAAAAUGGAAUGCGGUUGCUAUGUGGAGCUGGGAUGUCGAAUGCGAUAUUUGUGCUAUUUGUCGUGUACAAGUUAUGGAUGCUUGUCUUCGUUGUCAGGCAGAAAACAAACGUGACGUUUUGGGCCGCCAGGAUUGCGUGGUGGUGUGGGGUGAAUGCAAUCACUCCUUCCAUCACUGCUGCAUGUCGUUGUGGGUAAAACAAAAUAAUCGUUGUCCCCUGUGCCAACAAGAAUGGUCUAUACAACGUAUGGGCAAAUAAUACAUAAUAUUUUAAUAUUGCUGCAUUGAAUAUUUAAAAAUAAAUUAAACUGAUAUAUCAUCUUGCCUGCUCCACUGUAACAAUAAAAUGUAAAGAAAUAUA